UUCAGCACAGCGUACCAGUGUAUUUAUUACUCCCCGGAGCACACAGCCAAGGCCCAGGAGGUGCUGCACAGUGUGGGCCAGCUCCAGCCUCUCAUCUCUGGCCUGGCAGACCAGCUGCUUCAGGCUGCCCAGCAGCACUCCAUGGCUGGGCUGAGGGAGGCACUCAAGACCCUGGCUGGAAAGGUGAGUAGGCCUCAACCACCAGAACCCCACCAUUUAGCUCCAAGCCUGGGGUGGGGGUGCUGCUUAGUGCCCCUGGCUGGAACUCUAGCCACACACAGGUCGCCAACCACCACCACAAUCUACCCUCUCUGUCCAUGUUCCUUUCCCCCACGAUGGAGCUCCAAGGUACGGGUAGAAGUGCUAAGCUUAACUUCUGGAUCUGUAGCCCCACCACCACCCCCUCUGUCCCUGUUCCUGGAGCUCCAGGCUGGGUUAGAGGUGCUGGAGGUCCUGGGCUGAAUGCCACCAUCUGGAUGUGUGUAGCCCCACAGGGGAGCCAAUUUUAGAGCUCUUCUCUCCUGCUGUGCUAGUGUGUUACGAGGCAAGGUGAAGCCUGGGAGGUGAAGCCUGGGAGGUGAAGCCUGGGAGGUGAAGCCUGGGAGGUGAAGCCUGGGAGGUGAAGCCUGGUAGGUGAAGCCUGGUAGGUGAAGCCUGGGAGGUGAAGCCUGGGAGGUGAAGCCUGGUAGGUGAAGCCUGGUAAGUGAAGCCUGGGAGGUGAAGCCUGGGGGGUGAAGCCUGGGGGGUGAAGCCUGGGGGUGAAGCCUGGGAGGUGAAGCCUGGGAGGUGAAGCCUGGGAGGUGAAGCCUGGGAGGUGAAGCCUGGGAGGUGAAGCCUGGGGGGUGAAGCCUGGGAGGUGAAGCCUGGUAGGUGAAGCCUGGGGGGUGAAGCCUGGGGGGUGAAGCCUGGUAGGUGAAGCCUGGGAGGUGAAGCCUGGUAGGUGAAGCCUGGUAGGUGAAGCCUGGGAGGUGAAGCCUGGGAGGUGAAGCCUGGGAGGUGAAGCCUGGGGGGUGAAGCCUGGGGGGUGAAGCCUGGGAGGUGAGCUAUCAGGGGGAUUAAAACUGGCGCUAUUUGUAGAAAAUCUCCUUUACAGUGACUCUGAGUGUGUUUUGCCUCAGAUAUGAUUGUUUAUACUGUAUUUUGCUUAAUAUAUUUGGCUGCAGCAAGUGUAUUUUAAUGACCUGAAGUUGCCCUUCAAGCAUCUGUCACCUACUACAAAACAUCUAGCUCGAGGGUGAGACAUAGGUUGCAUAGCUGGCGAUAGGAGAACAUUAGCAGAACAUUAUGUUGACGCGUCAUUGGCUGUAGGUAAUUGACAUCUGCUGGGUUAAGCCCGACCACCCGAGCGCAUUGAAAUGGUUAAACACACACACACACCCCACACACACACACCUCUCGUCAUACCCACUGUCCAUAACUCAUCAUUAAAACGCCAAAGCCAACAAAAGUGAAUUGCGACGAGCGCAGAGUUUUAUGGCCAAGACACUUGGUGUUUUAUCCGUGUAAUUAAUGAAUUACAGCUGGUGCUGUCAGAUUUGCAAUCUGCUGCAGUGAAUGAGUGAGAGAUUGUUUUUGCCAUAGUGGAGUAGAGCCCAAUCAGACAGCUUAAUUGGUACAUUCUCUCUGUCACCGCUUCCCCUCAUCCUUGAUUAGACACGCAGACAGCCUGGUCAGCACCGGCCAUGAUCCCCUGAUUGGAACUUCAAACUUUGUGUGUCUCUGUCUCGGUGGUUGGGUGUUUGUGGGUGUGUGGUGUGUGUGGCGGGCGGAGUGAGGGAGGCUUAUGGUAGGGUGUGUAUGGGGAAAGGUAUAGUUGGAUGGGGAGUUCGAUUGAUGGUUGUCCGUUGGAUAGUUGUUCAUGUCAUAUGUGUGAGUAGUCUGUCAUAGAAUGUGUGUUUGCACAUUUGCUUGUAGUGCUGUGUUGUGUUCAGCAGCACUUUGCCCUAAGUAGUUCAUCUAUCAUUUAUUGAAAAUCCACAGUCCGCCUAGCAACACCACACACUCAGCCCCACAAUUUUCACCAUAUAAGUACGAUCCUGGAUCAUUGAAAUGAUCUACCCAUAGCAUUUCCACAGAAACUCUCAAAACACACACUCACACACUGUCACGGUUUCGGCCGAGGUGGCUCCUCCUCCUUGUUCGGGCAGGCUUCGGCGGUCGUCGUCUCCGGAGUACUAGCUGCCACCGUUCUUUGUUUUCGAUGUUUGUUUGGUUUGGUCUGUUUGGUACACCUGUUCUUGUUUAGUGUUGAUUAUGUGUCCUAUAAGUUCUCGUUGUUUCUGUCAUGUGUUGUGUGUAAUUGUUUUCACCUGUCUGUUGGUGCUGUUCAUUUUUGGCCAGUCGUUAGUGUGUACCGUCGCACUGUUGUUUUCGUGCGCAGUCGGUUUUGGUGUUUUACGCACUGUUGCGUAGUGUUCGCCUCCGGGUUGGUUUAGACCCGUUUGUUAUUUUUGUCUUUUCAAGUAAAGACUGGUUUGACUUAGCUCCUGUGUCCUGCACUUGAUUCCACACCACAUCCGCAUCAGAUACCCUGACACACACAGACAUACACACAGCCAUGCUGGCUCCCUGGGUUGGUGUGAGUCCACUGUCCAGACAGAUGGCUGUGGAGCUUCGGUCCAUAAGGAGCGAGAGAGAGAGUGGGAGGGUGGCGGAGCCCUAAUGAAAGCACCGAGAGGUUUGAUCCACAGUCAAGUUACUCACCAAGGACAGCUCCCACUGCCAACGUCUCACACAGGGUCUCACACACAGAGACUUCACCUUCAGAGAGUCUGGGAGAGAGAUGAGCAGUGGGGGGAGGCGUUAGCCUGGGAUCCAAACUGAUUAUUGCUCUGUUUCACCAUUUUCAGCUUGGAAUCCAGGCUAUGGAGGAGUGUUGUCACUGGGUCGGGUGGAUGCUGUGACUCCCCUUAGGGUAAUGGAUUAAGGGGUGAGUUUAAAACAGAAAAGUAACACUAUGAAACAAAAAAAGAGAACUGCGAUCUACGGGUUCUCAGGCGCUGUGUUAUUACUACUACUGCUGCUAUUGGUGGAGAUGAUGAUGACGAUGAUGAUGAUGAUCAGUGAGAGAACAAUGCAUCAAUUCAUCUCCUGCCUUCAGGGAACUGAUGCUUAUAUCCAAAAGCGCAUAAUUCCUAUAAUUAUUAUUAUUAUUAGUAGUAGUAGUAGUAAUAAUAAUAAUAAUAAUAAUAAUAAUAAUAAUAGUAUUAUAUUCUAUGCAUUACUAUAGUAAAAGAGGAUGUGCCUUCUUUGGGCAGAAAAAUGGUCCUAUGUUAAAUGACAUUGGAUACGGCGUUCCUGCCAGGCUUGGCUAUGAGGGUCAUUUACACUUCUCCCAGUCUACAGACAUGCUAUAUCUAGCACUUUCCAUUCAACAUCUUUCUCCUCUCUGUACAUGUUUCUCCUUUAAUAAAGUAGGAAAUACCAUACAUAGGGUUGCAAAUGGAGGGUAUAUUACUGGAAAAUGUCUAAGUGUAUCAGUAAACUACCAGAAUUUUGGUAGCUUUCAAGGUUUUUGGGGAACUUUAUACAAUGAAAUCUAGUGGCCUUUUGGGUACUUCAGAUUAUCGCAGGUGUCUGUAAUUAGCAACAACAAAAAAUUGAAUGACAAAGCUGUAAAACAUUAUCCUAAAUAUAAACCAUCAACUUUGUAAAUACCAUUGGUGUUUAAUAUGAGGGUUCCAGCAUGAAAUAUCCUUUAUAUUUUUUUACACACUUAUAUAGUUUUUACUUUUUCAAUAUGUAUUGGUUGUAAAUGUUUCGCCAACAAACUGGUGGCAAUUGUGAAAUAAAUAUAAUAGUUGGAGGAGUUGCAGAGUUAAUUGAAAAGAAUGCCAUUGUUGAUUAGAUUUUUUAUUUAUUAAUUAGACUAUUUUCCCUUGAACCAUAUCCAACUCAUGGACAAUAUGAACACAGUUAUAAACAAAUUAUAGUUUAUAUGAGUAUUUUUUUCAUUUUUAUUCAAGUAUAAAUGACCUGAGUUAACAUAGAUGACCUGUUAAUUUCAGAGUUACCAUAGAUGACCUGUUAAUUACCAGAAUUACAGAAGAUUCCGGUAACUUUGGUAAAUGACCAGUAGAUUUAUAACCCUAAUCAUACAGUAUAGUACAGACAACUCCUCUCAUCCUCUUCAAAUCAGUGGUGAGCGUAUAGCCUUGCAGUCUUUUCAUCUACUUUAGAUCAAAUAUACAGUAUCACACAUAAAAACCACUCUUCCUCUCAGCUGGAGUCCAACCGUAAGCAUUUCACAUCUGACUUGCACUUUUCCCUCAGUUGAGAUCACAGAUGUAUUGAAGAACUAAAUGUUUCUUUCUCGCAAGGCAUUUCCGGUCCUUAGAUCUCCACAGUAGAUGUAGGCGAGAACCAGAGUGAAGUGAAGUUCUCACGUGAGACUGAGAGGUGGGCAAAAGUAGAAUAAGAUAACAAAGCGAGCGAUUUGAAAUGUGUUUUUCUUUCAGCAGAGACAGAUUAAACCAAGUCCUGGAUUAGAACACACUCAUCUGAGAUUCUACAGUGUGUUUAAUGGACUCUGUCUGGGAAACCGUCCCCUAGAGAAACCGACCCCUAGAUAAACCGACCCCUAGAGUUUUUUUCUGUCAGACGCACCACAUACAAAUACACCACACAGCACAUUGUAGACAAUCCUCCCCUAAGAAUGGUUCACAACUUUCAAAAUCUACCCGAAAAUGCAAACAACUGAAGAGAGGGAAUAAACCCGGAGACUAUCAACUAUCUGAGUCAUUGUGAGUUAGCCUAAUCAUAAUAUAAUAACAAUGGCUCUGGCUGGAUAUUGUCCCUUGACCCCGUGGUUAAGAAGAGCAAAUAUGACCAGUGUGUGAAAUACAGUUUCACCAUACUUUGUUCAGUCACCCCAGAAAAUCCAAUGAAUACCAAAUGUCCUUCAUAGGUUGCAAAUUAACGUUGUGGAAGAUAAGCACAUUUCAAUUUGAAUAUGGAUUGGCAUUUAACGUUUUUUAGGGGGAGUUUUGAUCCUAUUGAGGUUUUUUGCUUAGUUGAUUUGUGUGUGUUGUUGGGUUGUGGGGAAGUGUGUGCAUGCGUGCAUUUUUGUGCGUGCGAGUAUCCGUGUCGAUAAAGUUUUCUCCUAAUUUAAGUAAAUGUGAACUCCCACCAAAUGUUAAUCAAGUUAUGUAUUUUAAUCCAGAGUUAUACCGCUCUCAAAUAAUUCAUUUACAGUUAUAAAGAAAUCUAUAUACUGUACAUGAUAGGCAAUUAAAGUGAAUGGAAUGCAAUCACACUCAAGCUGUUCUGUAACUGUUUGCUCAUGCAUGCACUUUUCGACAACCACCAUAAUCCAUUAUGAUAAUGUCCUACAAGGCUGUGUGUCUGUCAAAACCAGGCCUCUAUGACUCCCAAUGUAAGCAGGAUUUCUUGUUCUGUUCAGUUAAUAUUCAGAUUAUUCCAUAUCAGAUCACUUUGCCAGAUAUAAAGCUGAAACAGAACCCUGCACAUGCAGAGGUCUUCCAGGAGCAACCACAGUCUAGAUAGCCACUAAGAGACAAAGACACCACUCUCCAGUCUCACACUGUUUGCGUACAAGCCUUCCAACAUCCUCCAAGUGCCACCUACCCCUCUCUCACCCCAGAGAGGUGCACAGCAUAACUCUCAACCCUCUAUCACCCCAGAGAGGUGCACAGUGUUCCUCUCAACCCUCUCUCACCCCAGAGAGGUGCACAGCAUUCCUCUCAACCCUCUCUCACCACAGAGAGGUGCACAGUGUUCCUCUCAACCCUCUAUCACCCCAGAUAGGUGCACAGUAUUCCUCUCAACCCUCUCUCACCCCAGAGAGGUGCACAGAUUCCUCUCUACCCUCUGGGUCAUGUUUCAGGGGGUUAGCGGCAGCACGGGGGAGAGAUGCUCCAGAUGGGUUUCGGUGACUAAUAUAUGCAGCAUUAGUUUGUUCAGUCUCUCAUUGGUUCUCUUGUUCACCUGUUCAAAGGAUCUCUGCUCAUGUGUUGUAUUAGACUGCAUGUGGAUUGCUGUGGUAAUAGAAUUGCUUAUUGCGAUGCUAACUCAAUUAUUCUUGAGAGCCCUUAUCUGUGCCGGGGUGCGAGCCGUUUUGGCGCUGGAUGAUCAUCAGCAUUCAGCAGCUUGUGAAUUUGAGAACAAAGGAGGUAGCUACCCCUCGGAGGCGAGAGGGCUCACUGAGGAGUAAUUGAAUUGUUUGUUGUUGUUGACGUUGUUGCCGGUGCUAUCGAACAAGGAGGGGAAGGCUAGCGAGGAGGAAGGCUCAUAUUCCAUCACUCCUUCAUUUUACUAGCCCGCUGAACACACACUCAGUUUUUGAUGAACUCCUCAGUCAUAUCCCCCUCCCAUGUUCUCUGGCACUCUCAUUCACCCUCUCUCUCUCUCUUUCAUUCACCAUCCCUUUAUCUCCCUUUCCCUUCCCCUCUAUCCCACACUCUCUCACUCUGUCUCUCUCUGUAUUUCUCUCCCUACCUCACCACCAUCCCACCCUCAAUCUCCCUCUCUUCCUCUCUUCCCUCUGAUUUCUUGCAGACGGAGCAGUUUGUGCACGCGCUCAAAGACGAGCUGGUGAAGAGCGCCUUGCUGGCCCUCCACGCUGCACAGCCCGGCUACGUGACCAAGAGCCAGACCAGGACUCAGAACCAGAACCAGACCCUACCAGGCCACCAGGGUCACAACCACCAGGACCACCAGAGUCCCAGCCAGAGGGGUCAACAAGGCCAGAGUCCACCCCAGAACCCAGGCCACAGUCCUGGGCAGCCAUCGGCUACAGACAGCCCUGUGAUAGUGUGUAAUAAUGUGGAAGGUGGCUCUCAGACGCCUCCCAUCAGAGAAGACGGGCAGACACCUCUGAACUGCCAGGACUCCAUACCGUGCCAUAAGGAGUACGACGAGGAGGAAUGGGCAAGUCCUGCUGUUUCUAUACCAUCAUCUGGCUCUGUGUCUGCUCUGUUUCUGUCUGUCUGUCUGUCUGUCUCACUCUCUGUCCCUCUUCUUCCCCUCUCUCUCUCUGUCUCUCUCUUUGUCUCUCUCUCUCUCUCUUUGUCUCUCUCUCUCUCUCUGUCUCUGUCUCUGUCUCUGUCUCUGUCUCUCUCUCUGUCUCUCUCUCUGUCUCUGUCGCUCUCUCUCUCUCUCUCUCUGUCUCUCUGUCUCUGUCUCUAUCUGUCUCCAUCUCUCUCUCUCUCUCUCUCCCCCUCUCUCUCUCUCUCUCUCUGUCUCUGUCUCUCCCUCGCCCUCUUUGCCAGUGCAAGUCUAGAAGUUGCUGUAUCUCAUACCUGGAGUUUCAAUAGUCAGUGCAACAUUUCUUGAUGAUCAAAUAUAGUAUCAGUUACAGAAGUCUUAAGAAACUGUGAAUAUGUCAAAAUAUACAGUGAGGGGAAAAAAGUAUUUGAUCCCCUGCUGAUUUUGUAUGUUUGCCCACUGACACAGAAAUUAUCAGUCUAUCAUUUUAAUGGUAGGUUUAUUUGAACAGUGAGAGACAGAAUAACAACAAAAAAUCCAGAAUAACGCAUGUCAAAAAUGUUAUAAAUUGAUUUGCAUUUUAAUGAGGGAAAUAAGUAUUUGACCCCCUCUCAAUCAGAAAGAUUUCUGGCUCCCAGGUGUCUUUUAUACAGGUAACGAGCUGAGAUUAGGAGCACACUCUUAAAGGGAGUGCUCCUAAUCUCAGCUUGUUACCUGUAUAAAAGACACCUGUCCACAGAAGCAAUCAAUCAAUCAGAUUCCAAACUCUCCACCAUGGCCAAGACCAAAGAGCUCUCCAAGGAUGUCAGGGACAAGAUUGUAGACCUACACAAGGCUGGAAUGGGCUACAAGACCAUCGCCAAGCAGCUUGGUGAGAAGGUGACAACAGUUGGUGCGAUUAUUCGCAAAUGGAAGAAACACAAAAUAACUGUCAAUCUCCCUCGUGGAGUUGCAAUGAUCAUGAGAACGGUGAGGAAUCAGCCCAGAACUACACGGGAGGAUCUUGUCAAUGAUCUAAAGGCAGCUGGGACCAUAGUCACCAAGAAAACAAUUGGUAACACACUACGCCGUGAAGGACUGAAAUCCUGCAGUGCCCGCAAGGUCCCCCUGUUCAAGAAAGCACAUAUACAGGCCCUUCUGAAGUUUGCCAAUGAACAUCUGAAUGAUUCAGAGGAGAACUGGGUGAAAGUGUUGUGGUCAGAUGAGAGCUCUUUGGCAUCAACUCAACUCGCCGUGUUUGGAGGAGGAGGAAUGCUGCCUAUGACCCCAAGAACACCAUCCCCACCGUCAAACAUGGAGGUGGAAACAUUAUGCUUUGGGGGUGUUUUUCUGCUAAGGGGACAGGACAACUUCACCGCAUCAAAGGGACGAUGGACAGGGCCAUGUACCGUCAAAUCUUGGGUGAGAACCUCCUUCCCUCAGCCAGGGCAUUGAAAAUGGGUCAUGGAUGGGUAUUCCAGCAUGACAAUGACCCAAAACACACGGCCAAGGCAACAAAGGAGUGGCUCAAGAAGAAGCACAUUAAGGUCCUGGAGUGGCCUAGCCAGUAUCCAGACCUUGAUCCCAUAGAAAAUCUGUGGAGGGAGCUGAAGGUUCGAGUUGCCAAAUGUCAGCCUCGAAACCUUAAUGACUUGGAGAAGAUCUGCAAAGAGGAGUGGGACAAAAUCCCUCCUGAGAUGUGUGCAAACCUGGUGGCCAACUACAAGAAACGUCUGACCUCUGUGAUUGCCAACAAGGGUUUUGCCACCAAGUACUAAGUCAUGUUUUGCAGAGGGGUCAAAUACUUAUUUCCCUCAUUAUAAUGCAAAUCAAUUUAUAACAUUUUUGACAUGCUUUUUUUUGGAUUUUUUUGUUGUUAUUCUGUCUCUCACUGUUCAAAUAAACCUACCAUUAAAAUUAUAUACUGAUCAUUUCUUUGUCAGUGGGCAAACUUACAAAAUCAGCAGGGGAUCAAAUACUUUUUUUCCUCACUGUAUUAAGGGUCUGGUAUCUAGGAACCCCUGUGUGUGUGUGUGUGUGUGUGUGUGUGUGUGUGUGUGUGUGUGUGUGUGUGUGUGUGUGUGUGUGUGUGUGUGUGUGUGUGUGUGCUAAUAGAAACGAUGGGCCCUCAGUCCAAUAAAGCCUUAGCUAACAGCAGGGACUUAGCCACAGUCACACACUACAAUUCCUAAUCAGCCAUCAAAAAACUGUCUGCCUUUGAGAGGAGUUCAAACACACUCACCUCUUAAACAAAGGACGUCCAAACUUCAUUCCAACACACACACAUGCUUGGCAAGCCUAAUUACUUUCCUCAACUGACAGAAAGUGAAUAAAUCAAUUAAAAAAGGAGGACAUUAUGAGGACAAUAUGAAACAGCAGAGUUUGGAGGCUUUCCGCGCCAUAGUAGAAAAGCACUUUGAGAGUAAUCUCUUCAAGCAGGCUGCAAUUGCCAUCGGACAACAUACUGUGACCUCUCGGAUGGCGUUUUUUGAGAGUAGAGGAAAUCUUCAGAAUUUUUGGAGUUCUUCUGUGACCGAUUGAUUUUGAGACAAUGAAAGUUAAAGGCUAGUAGAAUUCUGGUGAUAAGGGCUUUGAACAGCCAACAUCCAAUCAUACUCAAACCCACUGUAGUGGCCCAAGGCAGGUUAUCGACUCAGAGAUAUAUUAUAUAUAUAUAUAUAUAUAUAUAUAUAUAUAUAUAUAUAUAUAUAUAUAUAUAUAUAUAUUAUAUAUAGAUCCAUAUUUAAAAUGGUUGAUAUUAUUUAUUAGAUUCUAUUUUUUGGGAUCAAUAGUACCUUGAACAUUGUGGUUCACCAACAGAUAGGUGUGGAACAUGGAUUGAUCUUCCAGACAUAUCACAUGCAGAUUGACAUCUAUCUCACUUUAUUUUAUCCUUUACGCUCUCUCUCUCUCUCUCUCUCUCUCUCUUUCUUUCUCUCUCUCUCUCCUCUCUCUCUCUUUCUCUCUCUCUCUCUCUCUCUCUCUCUCUCUCCCUCUCUCUCUCUUUCUUUCUUUCUCUCUCUCUCUUAUCUCUUUUAGUUAUCACUCACACACACACACAUGCCGUGACCUCACUCUCCGAGUGUGUCUCAAGAGGAGUUGGGAUAUGCAAAAAAUAAAUUUCCAUUUCACACCUCAUAUUCGUACAGGUUACCCACUUGUACAUGCAGUGAAACAGGACAAAUAUAAUCAUCCCCUAUUUGACCUUUGACACACACCACACACACACACACCACACACACACACACACACACACACACACACAGGCCAGGUGCUGACGUUGUGUUUGUCUCCUCUAGGACAGGGUGUGGGCGAACGUGGCGAAGAGCCUCAACUGUGUCAUCGCCAUGGUGGACAAGAUCCAGGAGCAGGAACCAAUCAACAACAACCAGGAACAACCAAUCCCUGAGCAGGUCCUGGCUGAUGUCAUCACCUCCCACAACCCUGGUAAUAGUUUCACCGCUGAAUGUGUCGUAUCAAAGAGUGACUCUAACAAGAGUAACAGUUAA